GUUAGUUUUGUUUUCUCACAGAAAACGACAUGUCUGGCAGAGUGGCUACACGUAGGGCCCGCAUGAGAGAAAUAUUUGCAGACCAAGAAGGAGUUGAAGUUCGGCACGUCUCUCCUCCCACUUAUACAGAAGCACCUCCUCCAUCUCGUCCUCCUCAUCCUCCAGCUUAUAAUAGUAACGAAAACCAGGAAGUGGCUGACCCUGGAGGAGGCCCAGAGGCAGAAGCCAUGGCAAGCAACGAAGAAGCUAGCACCACUGUUGUGACCGGUAGAGGGACGCUGCAGAAGCUGCAGGAACGUUUUGAAGCAAUGAGACAUCGAAAUGCUAACUUUACAUGUUUCCUGUGUUGUCAUGUCCGCACCGGAACUAUUGUCAUUGGCUUCUGGCAUAUGUUACUGCAUUUGAUGGCUUUGUCCUUGAUAGCGAUUGUCGUCUUCCAUCCAGAGAUGCUUAUGAACUCAAAUAACCUUUCAUCUGGUACCCAAGCAGAUAGAAAUGAUCAAUUAUCUGUCAGUCACUUGGAUGUCCAGGCUCUGAAUUGUGGUGAGGAAACUCCCUGUAUAUUGGCUGCUCAAGGUGAUGGAAGUGUUCAUCAGUCAGCAACAGAUCUCUCUCUCUCCUUGGGGAAUCUUCUGACAACUCAUCGUCUGAAUAGAGAUGAAGUAAAUGUUGCACUUUUCAUCACCCUCUGUACUUUUGUGGUAACACUUCUCUUGGUCUAUGGAGCCUUCCGUGGUCAGCCAUCCCACCUGAUGCCCUUCUUCUUCCUCCAGGUGUUUGAUUUUUGCAUUUCAAGCAUGACAAUGAUCGGCUACCUGUCUUACCUGCCCAACAUUCGUCAGCUUAUACGAGAAACUCCAGCCUUUCCUCUUCAGCAGCAGCUGCUUGGAAUGAAUACGAAUUGCUUGACUUUUGUUGUUAUGGUCAUCUUUAUCUCAACGCUAAUGGCCAAGGGCUAUUGUAUCAGCAUUGUUUGGAGGUGCUAUAAAUUCUUAAUGCUUAAAGCACAGGCAGGUCAGUCUGUUCUCCGAUAUCUUGGCAGUGUUUCUGGACCUGUGGAUCAGGAGAGCCAAACAUUGGUUGUGGGCCAUGAUGUACCUGAUUAUGACACUGUAAUGGCAGAUCCUCAGUACAGAAAGAAGCUCCUGAGCCUGUACCCAGAGCCGCCUCCGUCCUACGAUGCUGCCAUGGCUGCCCUCGUCUCCCACCAGGAAUUUAGCCGCAGGAAUGGCGAUUCUUAUGUAGAAGUUAGUGCUAUGGAUGUUGCAGGAGCUGCUUGUCCAUCCUAUGAACAGUCAACCUCAGGAGAAGGAUCAGCAACCAUGCCUGUUGAAGGCACCACAAGGGUGGAACUCACUGUUACUGACAUUCCACCACCUGUGGUUUCUGCCCCAAAUUCAUCCAAUACCCCACCAUAAACCUGAGAGAAGUUUCUGAAGAUACUGUUAUUCUCAAGUUAUGGAGUUAUUUUCAGCUUAAUUGGAUAAGUUUGAGAAAAUUUUUCCACAAAAUUUAUGAACAGUCUGAUAAUCUACGAUUGAUACCUACAUUGUCUGUUGAGGUGUUAAAAAAGGAAAAUUUAAUUAUUCACUAUGAAAAGUCUGUUUCUUCACUUAUAUAACAUGUUUUGUAAUUCUCUUACCUUAAAAAUUAUUUGAAAUAUUGUCUGUACUUUGCUGCCUUAUAAAUCCUUUAGUCUAUUUUCUGUACUUCUGCUACUGAUUAUUAUUUAAAAUAUUUUAUGUACUUCUGCAACUUCAAAACCUGAGAGUAUAAACAUCAUUAGGCAAAACUUGCAUUUGCAUAUUUAAUACCCAAUGUACCAGUGUUUUUAUUAAUAAAUUCCUUUGCUGUUAAUUUCUUUAUCUUUCAGGAAUUUCAUAUUUUCCAAGCCACAUCCCGUCCCCCUACCAGCUGGCCUAUCUAAAUAUACAAUAUGUAUUCACUUCAUUCAUAUUAAUCUGGUGAUCACCUAGAAAUAUUUUACAGGGUAUUGGAGAUUCCUGCUUAUUCCCCUCUGCAACCCAAGAGGCAGACCCACCCUUGCCAUGUAUGUAUAUAUAUAGUUAUAUAUAUCUAGUCUGCUACCACAUAUACUUUUAGUAGAAAUUUUGAGGUAAUAAAGAUUAUUAAUAAUGAAGGAUAUCAAAGCAGGCUGGAAUGUCACCAUAUAUAGGUAGCUUACUUUCCAGUUUUUCAUGUCAUGCUCCUAUAAUCUAUGCUAGGUAAACUUAGUAUUUUAACUUCACCAUAUAAGAGGAGCAGCAUUUGUCUUCUCAUCAAGAUUUCAAGUGUUUAUUGGGAUAGCAGAGUACAAUUUCAUUGAAUCAUUGAAAAAACUAUCAUCUCUUGAUGCCUAGUUGUCAUGCACAGAUGGUUCAUUGCUUUGUAUUAAGUUUUAUUUUCUUGUUUUGAAACCAACAACUCUACAAAGCGUCUUUAUACACUGGGUAUGGCUCAUUGCUGUAGUUAUCAAGUAAUUAUACGAAUUUUUCUGUUUUUAAGAGACCUCGUAAUAGCUCUUCAUGUUGGAUAACAGGGAUUUGUCAUAAAAAUCCACUCUUCAUAUUGCUAUAGUACUUCUAUUCAUUUAUUUAUAUUGUAAAGACAAAAUAGUUCUAUUCUUCUGCUAGUUUUGCUAUACAGUCAGUGGCAUUGUCUUGCCACCAUAUGCUAAGCACAAGCUACUGUAUGUAGGACACAAUUUUCUUUUCUAUUAUUUAGGAAAACAAAGGAAGGUUUAUAAUAUAUAUAUAAUAUAUAUAUAUAUAUAUAUAUAUAUAUAUAUAUAUAUAUAUAUAUAAUAUAUAAUUAUAUAUAUAUUUCUCAUCUUAAUAGCAAAAAUUGAAAUUUAUUCAAAUCUCAACUGCAGUGAAUUUAUUGACAUAUUUCAAGUGUGCAUUUCACACAUUAUUGAGAAAUAGCAAGUGACCGUGAACAUAACUGUUCGUGUGGGAUAUAAGUAGUUUCAAGAGGUCUCUCCUCAGUAUGUAAUGUGUAUUUUCCCUCCAAUAUUUGUAACAAGAAAUGGUCCUAGUCCCAAGUUUUACAACAAGGGUUAUAACUAAUAAUUUGGCAAUUAGCUCUUAAGAUUGUUUUUUCUGCUCAAGCAUUAAAUAUAUGCACAAUUAAAGCAGUACUGCAUUUACAUCCAUAGAAAGACUUAAAAUUCAUACUGCAUUCCUAACUGUGAAAUACUUAACUUAGCAAGAUAGCUGCUGCUACAAGUUAACUGUUUGUUGCAAGAUUUUUGUCAAGAUUCUAUGUCCAGUCGGCAAGAAGUGGGAAUUGUAAUAGUCAAUUAGAUAAAGUAAACAAUUAAGCUUGCAGUAAGGUUGCCUGGCAUUUCACUCAAAACAUAUAUCGUUUAUCCAUAUGCAGGAAUACUUUUGAUCUCUGUAAUCUGUGAAAUAAUGUAAUUUGAAAAAAAUUUUCUAUAGGCUGUGCUGCAAGUUUAGCCUAGUAAUAUGGUCUAACUACUUCAUGAUAAUAGUGUGUGUGAAGAGUAAAGGAGUAUUUUCUUUUUCCAGACACACUUUGGUAUUUCAAGUGAUGUUUUGUAAUAUGCCAAGCUUGUAUUUAAAAGAAACAGCAAAUAUAUUACGCAGCUGAUUUUGGAUUGGAAAAUCAUGUUUAUUAUCUUUUAAUAACCAUUUUUCAGUCAAGAACUAGGCUUCUACAGUAAUAUUCACUAUAUUUUAAGUGUGUGUGUUUGGCUAUACAGUUUGGUGUAAACUUGCUUCCAUUCUGAUGUAUUCUUUAAAUAUGUUAUAGUCUGUUCCAUUCCAGGUAGAUGUGGAAAAAUGCACACCAAGAUCUCGAUUAGCUGAAAUAAAUUUUAAUGAUAUCUUUGGCUCACUGAUACGAUGCAAACUAUUUCUUCAGUGGUACGUUUGAAUGCUUAUAAAUAAACAAAAAACCAUGACACCUUAUGUAGAUCAUAAACAUUCCAAUUUAAACCGAUAAUAUAACAAUACAAGCACACGAUUGAUGAGUGUAGCAUGAGGUAUACUGAAAUAAAUCAUAAUUAUCAAAAGCUCAUGGUUGUUUUUUUUUUUUUUUUUUUUUUUUUUUUUUUUUUUUUUUUUUUUUUUUUUUUUUUUUGACUAAGUAGACUUUUUGAUACAAGGUUGUCUUUUGUGUGUGUGUUGCUAAAUUAUCAAUACAAAGCCGCAUGUUUAUGAUUUAUAUAAGAAGGGGUGAGGGUUCUUUGUAUAUAUAAACAUUUAGAUAAGUUAUUGAGGAAAUAAUAUAUAUCAAGAAGUCAAUGAUAUUGAAUAUGAUUGUCAGCAAAUCAUGUGCUACCUAUGUGCAUGUGCCACAUCUUCACUCGUAUGCGGGCAGAUGAAAUGAAACCAGCUAUAGUUGUUAGAAGUGUCUCAUUUUUGUUCAGAGUUACUCUCUUAAGGACAUUCUACUGUAAUGGAUUGUGAAUUAUAUGAGUGCUGUUUUAACGAGUAUCACAGUAGAUUGUUGGUGAAGGAAUUGAAAAAAAAAAUUAAGUACCAUUUCUUCCUAAAGAUGUUAUUGUUAUAUCAGAAAUUGAGAUUAAGGUGAUUAUACAAAGGUAAAAAUGCUUUUAACUCUACAGUAUAAAAGAAAUAGCACUUUUGGUUAAAAAAAAAAAAAAGGCACUUUAAAGUUGUUCUAAUUAAAUCAUUGCAUUGUAAUUGCAAAUAUUUUUUCAGGUGACAUCGCACAUAUGAUUCUAUGUUGUCUUAUAUGCUUGUAACUAAUUUGUUUUAAGAUAUGGCAGUGGCUGUUUUUUUUCCUUUUUUUUGCCACAUUAUAUACAAUUUAAUCUUACUAAGACAUAUGUACAAGAAAUAUUUUCAAUUAACCACUCUGAACACAGCUCUAGAGUUUUGAUUGCAGAAUUAGUAUUCUUACAUGUAACUUCUGCUUAACCUGGAUUCUAUUAGGGAAACUCUUGCACAGUUGUUAUACCAUUUGGAAAAUAACCUAUAAACAAUUCAACUGAAUUACAGUUUAUAAGUUAAUCCACACUUAUUCCUGUAUUAAUCAGAUCUCCCUCCAAAUAAUUUUUUCAGUAUUUAUUGGUAAAAGCAAUUCAUGUUUACCAUUCUACUCUUAAAAUACUGAUGAUGACUGUGUAAGGGUUUGAUUGUUUUUGAGUGAAAGUCAAUUAGCUGUGGAUACAAUAGAAAUCCACUGUGAUGUUAUGGGGUGGACCUGUUCUCUCUCAUAUGAUUAUCAUAAAAUGCUUGUAAGUAAAUUUUUACUUUUCAUUAUAUUGGCAUGCAGACUUGAAAAUAUGCUGGUUACACCAAGAAGUCAGGAGUGAUUAAACUAUUUCUAUGGAACAAUUACUUUCUGUAAAAUUCUGUAAAAAUUUUCAGACUUUUAUAAGAGAGCAGAUUUUCUUUAUUUUCUGACAAAUCAUGGGAAAGUUUAACAUGGUUUAGAUUCUUUUCAGGAAAAAUCAGACAUUUCCAGAACUUUAUGGAAAAAGUCUUAUGAAAAUCAUGAACUUGUAGUAAUUCCUGUCGUAGUAUUCCUGUCAAAGUGGGAGAGUUUCAAACAUUUGUGGUUUUUACAUUGUUUUUCUAAUUUUGACAUUUUUUAGGGAAAUUUCUAUGAACCAUGAUGAUUGAGUCAGGUUUAUAACAGCCCUAUCAAAUAAUCUUUUAAUACCUGUCACUCUUUAACAUGAGUUUGCUUUUGGAUUUGCUCCUUAUGAGUCACUGGUCUUCUGUAGCCCAUUAUGUAAUGUAGUCUAGAUUUUUAAUAUUUUACUUUCAUGCAUUAAGUGGGAGCAUGUGCAACUGCCUUGGGGUCAUUGAAGGUAUAUACGAGGUUUAUCAAAUUUAUAGACUAUUUGUAAAAUGACCUCAACUUGAUAAAUUAUGUCAAUAUAUAGUAUUGUAUAGUGA